UCUUCAUUAACUACAACCAAAAUCUGAGAUGUAAUUUAAGUGAGCGAAAGACAAUAUAUCCAGCUGUAAAUCUUCAAUGAAGCGUAGUCGGCAGAUCCCUUUUAGAGAGAGAGAGAGGUGAUUAAAGACUAAGCAGAAGAACAAGAGCAAUAGAGCAUAUGUCAUACUUAUGUAGUUCUAACACCCAUACAAGAGACUACAAUUCCUAUCAGUUUCUUCCCUGCAUUUGAAGAUUUCGAGCCUUGGAUCAGAUUUGGUCAACUGUUGCUAAAAGAGUGUUUGAUUGAUCUGAGCUUUUGUUUUUCGAUGUGAAAGUUUUGCUAAGAAAUGGACGAAACAACUGAGAGGUCAUCACAUGCGCACAGGGGUUUCAGAAUUCAAGCUCCACUGGUUGAUUCUGUGUCAUGUUAUUGCAAGGUUGACUCAGGCUUGAAAACUGUUGCUGGUGCGAGCAAAUUCGUACCCGGUUCAAAACUUUGUAUCCAACCUGACAUCAAUCCACAUGCACACAGGAGAAAAAGCUCUCGAAGAGAGAGGUUAAGAGUCCAACCACCUUUUCUUCCCAGCCUUCCGGAUGAUCUGGCAAUUGCUUGUCUGAUACGUGUUCCCCGUGCUGAACACAACAAGCUCCGUCUAGUGUGCAAAAGGUGGUAUCAGCUCCUCGCUGGAAACUUCUUUUAUUCCCUUAGGAAAAGUCUGGGUAUGGCAGAGGAGUGGGUUUAUGUCAUUAAAAGAGACCGCGAUGGGCGCAUUUCAUGGCAUGCAUUUGAUCCGAUCUACCAACUCUGGCAGCCACUUCCUCCAUUCCCAGGCGAGUAUAGCGAGGCACUUGGGUUUGGCUGUGCUGUCCUCAGUGGUUGCCGCCUAUACUUUUUUGGAGGAAAAGAUCCGAUUAACGGAUCCGUGAGACGGGUCAUCUUUUAUAGUGCUCGGACAAAUAAAUGGCACAGGGCUCCUGACAUGCUGCGCAAAAGACACUUUUUUGGGUCAUGUGUGAUUAACAACUGCCUUUAUGUUGCUGGUGGUGAAUGUGAAGGGAUACAAAGAACUCUCCGUUCUGCGGAAGUGUAUGACCCAAACAAGAACCGGUGGAGCUUCGUUUCUGAUAUGAGUACAGCUAUGGUCCCCUUUAUCGGCGUUGUUUACAACGAGAAGUGGUUUUUGAAAGGACUUGGGUCCCACAGAGAGGUUCUGUGUGAAUCUUAUGACGCAGAUACGAAUUCAUGGGGUCCUGUCAAUGAUGGGAUGGUUGCUGGUUGGCGAAACCCUAGUAUCUCUAUGAAUGGCAGACUAUAUGCCUUGGACUGCUGCGAUGGGUGUAAGCUUAGAGUGUACGAUGAGUCAGAAGAUUCUUGGAACAUAUUUAUUGAUAGUAAACUUCAUCUGGGGAACUCCCGCGCAUUAGUGGCGGCUGGACUGGUUCCCCUAAAUGGCAAACUCUGUAUAAUUCGGAACAACAUGAGCGUAAGCCUUGUGGACAUUUCGAGUCCCACAAAGAAAGUGGAGGACAACCCUCACCUUUGGGAGAAUAUUGCUGGAAAAGGUCACUUGAGAAACCUGUUCACUAACUUGUGGUCAAGCAUUGCGGGUCGAAGUGGAUUGAGGAGUCAUAUCGUGCACUGUCAGGUCCUUCAAGCAUGAGACUUUGCAGUCUUGUGUUAAAUUUAGCCACUCUUUUAGAGUCAGUUUUGGCCCUUCUUUGAAACCAAACACUUGAGUCAGAGCAUGGCUGAAUGUAAGCUCAUAAUCUCUUACCUUUCUGAUGAUUACAGCAUAAGAAAAAUGAGGCUGCAGUGUUAUACAUUCUUAAUGUCAAGGCGGGUAACAUUCAUUUUCAAUUUUGUCAGUUUCAUGAAUAGGAAGAUCUCUAAUAUGGAGUUUUUAGUACCUGUAUAUCCUCUCUGAUCCAUAGGUUUGUAGAUUUAGGCCUUUCACAUGUAAUUCUCUUUAAUGUCCUUUGUGAAUAUCAUGUCUCUCACCAGUCAUAAUUCCGUUUAGUUUAAUUCUCAGCUUUUUUAGAUUAAUUUUGAACCAUUUUUUUUAUUGCUUCAGCAGUUGGUUUUGUGUAACAUUUGCUUGGGC